GCCAUCUAUGGCAAAUAUUUUCAACCUCAUACGGGGUUCUCAGUUUUGCUUUCACUUUGGGUUUGCUUUUCAAAAUCCCUUUUUUAGCCUUCCAAAUUGGACUAAUGACAAUAAUUGUCAUAUUGUACGUUACGUGCCGGUGUAUCUCAACCAUCAUAAUAACACAAAUUAUUUGAGGACAAUGUAUGUGUGUCACAUAAUCCUUUCAUAAUAAUAAAUUCAUGUGGAAAUUUGAUACGCCAGCAGCACGCCUAAUCAUAAAUUUAAAUCUCCCUCCGCAUUCUUGACAAGUGACAGUUAGGCAGGUACUUGGAUGUGUGUUGAUUGUUGUUUAAAGUUGUGAAUACAGGAAUGUUGUGGAAAUACAACAAAAAGGAGUGUACUGGACCUUUGUGAAUAAAAUAAUCUAGAAAAAUAUGCGGUAGGACUUCAGCACCGCCCCACACAAACGCGUGAACAACAAAUGUUUAAAUGGAAGCAUCCUCCAUUAUAACUCAGGUGUCAAGGGACGACGAACAUCUGAAUAGUUAUGCUAACGAAAAAGUCAAAAAUGAUGGAAGUGGCGAAUCAACACCAUCAGACACUCCUGAGCCUGCCACAGUGCCCGUCCUGCCAAAUGCCCAACCGAAGAAAACCUCCCAAGGCAGCAAAGCAGGCAACUUCUUUCGUACUUUGUUCUGUUGCAUCCGAGGCAAGAAGGGCAAGGGGCCGGCGGGUCAAGGAGGCGAACAGUGCACGGAUGGGGCCCUUUACGCAGCUGGUGGCAACAGGUGCUCUUACUUGCUACCUCCUGUCAGGCACCAAGAUAUGUACAAGAAGUGUAUGGUGAUUGAUUUGGAUGAGACGCUGGUGCAUAGCAGUUUUAAGCCGAUAACGAACGCCGACUUCGUAGUGCCCGUAGAAAUCGACGGCACGGUGCACCAAGUGUACGUGCUAAAGCGACCUCACGUGGACGAAUUCCUGAAGCGGAUGGGCGAGCUGUAUGAAUGCGUCCUUUUCACGGCCUCAUUGGCCAAAUACGCGGACCCCGUUGCGGAUCUCCUCGAUCAGUGGGGCGUGUUCAGGGCGAGACUAUUCCGGGAGAGUUGCGUCUUCUACAGGGGCAAUUACGUCAAGGACUUGAACAAGCUCGGCAGAGAGUUGCAGCAGAUCGUUAUUGUUGAUAACUCGCCUGCUUCGUAUAUAUUCCAUCCGGAUAAUGCUGUGCCAGUGGCGUCGUGGUUCGACGACAUGAACGACUCCGAGCUGAUGGACCUGAUCCCGUUCUUCGAAAAGUUGGCUAAAAUGGACAACGUAUACACGGUGCUUUGCAACUCCAACCAUCCGUACAACACGACAACGGGACAACAGCAACAAGUCAACGGGCCACAGAACCACGUACAAGCCAAUCACUCACCCGCAGGUAAAUAAUGAUAGAGAUUGUUAGAUCAAUCUAUAGUUGCUUAUGUGUUCAAAAUGAUGUCAUAUUUUGCUAAACACUAUCACAAAUCAUAAAAAAAUCCUCAAAAUCCUUGUUUUUGAAAUACAAUUUGGCGUCAAGUAGUUUGGGUAUUUCCC